AUGGAUUCUCAAAUCAAGAAUGCUAAGGUUGAAAAAAUAGUGGGGCGUACUGGUUCAAGAGGACAGGUGACUCAGGUUAGAGUGAGAUUUCUGGGUGAUUCGAACCGUGUGAUCAUGAGGAACGUGAAAGGGCCGGUUAGAGAAGGGGAUGUUCUUACCCUGCUUGAGUCUGAAAGAGAAGCUAGGAGGUUGCGCUAG